AACAUGUGCCCUGUGCAUUUAUGUUGUCAGCGUUUUGGUUUUUAUAAACAGCUAAUAUAGCUUUUAUGGCAGGGUCAUCUUGUUGAAAAAAGUACGAUGGACUCUAGCAUAAGACAGCUGCUGUCAUUGGCACAAAGAAAUGUUGGAAAUCAGAAGUGUUCAGCAUUGCAAGAAGCAUAUGAAGCCUUGAGUCAUGUGGCCCAGACAAAACCUACUGUUGAUACACCAGAAUCAUUUGGCCAAGAUCUGUAUGUGAUAUGUGCAGAAGUGGCUCUUCAACAUGGAUCGCCAGACAUUUCUAAAGAAUGUCUGAAGAUGUUUUUCAUGAAGACACCAGCUGCCAACCAGUUUUUGUGCAGAGCAUAUCUCUGUCAGGCACAGCUACUCGCCCCUAGCACAGCAGCCAAUACCGAACAGUUGGAGAAAUCAGUGAUUUAUAUUUUAAAGGCCAUCUCCUUCGCUAAAGAGAACCCAAGGUAUCAUUUUCUUGUGUACAAUGCCUCUGUGUUAUACUGGCAAUUCUGCCGUCCAUUCUUGAAGCCCAAUUUUCGCCAGUUUCUCGCCCGAAGUCUGCACCAGGUGGUCAAAGCUUUGGAUGAUAUGGAAGAUACAGACUAUGAGUGGAGAGCUAUGCUCAUGAUAGCUCUGAUUGAUUGCCACCUGGAUGCUGGUCGCCGUAGCGAUGCCUCCCAUAUUGCUGUAGCAGCUGCCUCCUUCAUCAAACAGAAUGUACCACAUCUCUACAAGAAGAUUUUUGGACUCAUGGUUCGACAUCAGUUGGUGGACUCUGCAAAACUGGCCAAGGAUCUUAAAAACCCAGAGUUGGCAGUCUAUUACAAGAUUUGUAAACUAAAAUUAUCUUUGGACCAGUCAGAGGCUGGAGAUUAUCAUCUGGAUAUAGAGCAGAUUCUCUACCAGCUGGGCGUCAUCACGGAUGAACCCAGAGCUGCACCAGAGCCCAAGGUCAAGGCCAGGAGGACAGCCUCUACAGGGAAAGGCUCACCUGGCGGGGAGGAUGAACGGCCAUAUCUCUUGCUUGAGGUGGGUCGUCUUUGUUUAGAGCUGGACUUUGCAGACUUGGGAAUUUUGUGUGCUGAACACAUUCAGACCUGCAUUGUUAAGGAUCCAGGUUUUUAUUUGGAGGCAGAGUUUUUCCAGACAGAACUGAUGGUGAAAAGAUUGGGAGAAAAACAAGAAAAUUACAUGAAGUCUUCAGUAGAUGUACGCUUACAGGCCAUUCGGCGUUGUGAGGAGGCCAUCAUGAAUGCUAUCCGCCAGGGCAACCCUAACAUCAUUCAACUGGGCUGUACUACUCAGUUCAACCUGUGCCUGCCAUUACUACAGCCCAACCUACGCCAUCAUGUCCGUAAACCUCUCACCCUGGUAGCUGAAGCACUGGAAGACAUUGACAGUUUACUUAUCCAGCUGAGAUGUCAGGUUCACUCUGAGCUGGCAAAGUGUGAUGAAGAUGAGGAGCAGAUACAAGUUGCGAUGGAACACCUAAAAAAGGCUCUAGCCCUGGAUGAUGGGUUUGUGUAUCAGGAGCGGCUGAAUGUUGCCUUACACAGACUAGAACUGUGUGCUCAGUUGUACAGUCAGCCAGAGAGGCCUGAAGAUCAGGCUGCCAUGAUUAUAGAACAGGCAAGGAAAGCGGACUCAGGCACAAUUCGUAUGAAGAGGUCUCUGUUGGUGAGGGCUGGUGAAGCUCUGGCUCCUGAUGCAUUCUUACUAGUGCUGGACAGUGAAAGCGAUACAAAAGAUGUAAGUACAAGCAAAGGACCAUUGACCCUUAUCAACAAAUUAGCUGGAAAAGCCAGACAUUUUGAUAAAUGUGUGCGCAAGGCAGAUGGCCACCUGAAAAGGCUGGGAGAUGAAAAUGACAGAGAGAGGGCUCACCUCUGGGCAGAUUUGGCAAAGACUGCCAGGAAACAGGAAGUGUGGGAUGUGUGUCGUGUGGCAGCCAGAUUCUGCUUGUUGUAUGAUGAUGGGCGCUGGAAAAACACUUCACAAACCAAAACAGACACCAAUAGCCCAAAGACUGCCCGUGCUAAGACAGAGUCUGCUCCAUUAGAGUCUGACACAAUGGGCAAUCAAAGCCAAAUGUCCAUGGAGGAGAAACGACCAGGCAGUCGUCAUGGCAGCAGGGCAGGAACUCCUGAACCAGUUGUACCCCUUUUUGAUAAAGAUUUGAUCAGAAUGCUUGCUGAGGUCAGCUUCAUCAAUGGAGAGGCAUUGAUACAUUUACUGAGAUCACAAGGGGUACAGCUGAAUGAUAAACCUGUACCCCCAGAGGACAAAAGUAAACGUCCCAAGGGCUACGUCAGUAAGAAACCAGAGGAAGAACCUGAUUGGCUGCUGUACUGUGAGUGGACAGAUUCCCUAUCUAAGAUGGCCUCCAAGGCGUUCCUGAGAGCACUAGAUUUGGGUACUCAGCUUCAUGAAUCAUGGAUUGUGUGCAGUGCCUCAGCUUACAUUUGGAAUUACAACAACCAUGUGCUUACACAGAAUCGGCACAAGGAAAUCAUUGAACAUCUUCAGGCAUGUCUGGACGGGCUGAAGAAGGUGGGACAUGCUGGGGAGACCAUGUUGUUGGUAAACAUCUGCACUUCUCUGGCUUAUGCCUAUCUCAAACCCUGGAUACCUGGAAGUGACUCCACCUCAAGGACCCCCUCCCCAACCCAGGUAGACAGGAGCAAGAAAACACCUGCUGCUCCACCCAAGGCCAAAUCAGCAAAUAUAUCUGUCAGCCCUGAUGCUGGGCCAGAUCUCAAGAAAGCUAUUGAGGUCUGUGACUACUGCCUGCAUGUGACCAAUGGUGACAGGCUGGAGGACCUUGUUCCUGUGUCGGCAAGACUUCCACUUCUGCAGACCUGGGUCAGAGCCAAGCAACUCUCACAACUACAGAUUAGCAAAACAUUUGGAACUGAUGACGAGACAAGUAUAGAAGGUCAGAGGGCAAUGACUAGGUGUGUGGUUGCCAUGGAGAUGAUACAGCUCAGCCAGAACAGGAUAAUGGAGUUCAAAGAUGCUCCAACUCUUCCUGAGAUGGCUAACAUGAUAGAAGAGUGUAAAUGGUCAGACAAGUUUGUUGAGCUACAGUUAUGGACACGGCUAACAGCCCAGGCUUACUACAACAAAAUGCCUAACCUGGUCAACCGCUGCUGCAGACUAGCCUUAAGGUUUGCUGCCUCUGGAACACAGCCAAAAAACAGAAAACCAGACCAACACUUGUACAGGGUAGAGCAGGAAAUGUUCAGCUAUGCCAGCUGCCUGUUAGGACAGAGUAUUAUAGACAAUAUGAGUGGCAAACAGCGACUGAGGAGAGAGGCCAUGGAAGCUUUCUUCAAGAGUGCCAGACAUGCCAGAAAUGCCAACAACUACAACAUGUUGAUGGCUGCUGCUCGCCAUUAUUGGAAUGCCAUUCAUCCGCUUGUUAGCCAACCAAUAGAGAGAGAGCUGGUUAAGGAACCAAUAAAAAUACUGCUACAGUACAUCACAGAAACUCAAGACAAGACCAAAACAAAAGAGACAGGAGAUAGUUCAGAUGAGGAUGUGGACAAAAUCACUUCAAAACCAGACUCAAAGACUGUUGUAGAGUUCUCAGGCUGUGAUGAUGAAGACCUGAACCUAAGGGCUGCCCUCUAUGGUGUUCUCUUCCAGGCAUAUGCUGACAAGGGUGACUGGGAGGAGAGUCUUCAGGCUAUGGACAAGGCUGUAGCUGAUAUGGGCCGCUCCAAACACAGGCUGUUGAUAUUCAAACACAGAGUAAUGUCGAAGGCGAAACUUGGAAGACAGGUUCAAAUGGACAUAGCCAAGUUUAAGGAAGCAUGUAGUGAAGAGGAUGAGCACGAGGAGUAUGUGGCUCAGAUGUGGCGUAGGGUGGCCCUCUGCUCUGUGGAUGUACAGGAUCAGCUAGAGUGUUAUCAGCAGGCUAUUGAAGCACUGGAGAGUCCGAGCAGUGACCUGGCAGAAGUGGACUACCUGAUUGAGUUUGGUCAGUGGCUGUACGUCAACCAAUUCCCGGUUAGUGAGGCGGUGGAUGUGAUAGAGUGGGCGGUGGACAUCCUCCUACAGAUUAACCGAAGCAGGAAUGGGAGCCAGAGCAGCCAACUGACAUAUAAAGCAAAAGCUCCAGAAAAAGUAUCACAACCGAAAGUGAACAAGAAAGAUAAAAAAAAGACCAAGGGGAAGGCCGGCCCAUCAUCAGGCCAGAAAACACCCACCCAGGAACCUGACAAAUCAGAGAGCCAGAAAGAUGUGAAGGAAGGGAAUGGAAUAAAUGAGGCAGACUACAUACCAGUUGCAAAGAAGGCUGUCAUUGGACUUGCCCCAGCCCAAGAGCCAGUGAGUAUUGAUGACAUAUCAGAUGUUCGACAGCUUGAUGCCCUCAUUUACGUUCAUGUCCUACUGGCUGAAAUUCACGGCCAAGGGUCACAAGGUCACAAAGAAAGCUGUUUGUUGGCUCAUGGCUAUCUGAUGAGGCUUUGGCAGUUGGCAAUUACUUCAUCAGGACCUGUGGCUAAAGAGAUUGCUAAGAACCAACCAGAAGAGCCUGCAGGGAAAAACAGUGCUAACAAAGGGAAGAAGAAAGAUCCCAAAGAAAAAGAGGCACCGAAAGAUAAGCCUAAGAGGAAGGUACCAGUGGAUGUGGUUCCUGCUAAUUUGGAGGACUGGUCUGUGUAUGAGAUACCAGAUGAGAUAUUAGAGGCCUUUAAACAUGAAAGUAUGGAGUCAACUGGGAUAAAUUCGACAAGCAUAAAAAAACCUCUCCUCACCUUAUACUACCUGGACAGCCUGAUCAAACAGCUGAGGCAGGUGGGCUAUAACCACCUGACACUGCCUAUCCUCACCUUCAUAGAGCUGCUGUCUAAAGACUUGCUAAAGAGUAAACCCCUCAACAUGUUGGUUCAUCUAAGAGCAAUGGAGAUUUGCCAGGAGUUGAAUUUGAAGACAGCCGCAAACUUUCACCAGAAGUCAGCAGGUGGUAUCUCUAUCACUGAGGAAGACCAGGCAGAAUCGCGGCAGAGGGUAGCGAUGUGGAAGGAGCGUCAGUCUCAGUUUGCCAGAGAGGAGCUUCACAUGAAACAGUCUCUGGAGAAACUGGCUUCAGAAAGGAAAGUGGAAGGUCUGCAGUCCAAAACCAGUUUGAAAUGUAAAGGGUCAAAGUCCACAUCCGUUAUGGAGGGCAGUCAGGUGGGCAGUGCAGGGCUUAAGGGUGAUGAAAAUUCUCAUUUGGGCAAGGUGUUGGGCAACCUGUUGGUGCGGGAGAUCUGGGCCGAUAUUGGAGAGAUCUUGUUGAACCAGGGAAUGUACCAGAAGGCCAGAGAGUACCUGAGUGAGACUUACUCAGAAGCUGUGGCGUUUGAAGACAGUGCACUGCAGGGGAGAACUGCUCUACUGCUGGCCAGGCUGUCUGUGAUUGAGUGUCAGUACAAUCAGGCCAACUCACUCUGUGCUUUGGCUCAGGAUGUACACAAGGGAGAUGAGGAGUUCUGGUGUGACACAGUGCUGACAAUGGUGGAAGCCAUCCUGGCUAACACCAAGGACAGGGGCAGGAAAAGGAAGGCUCGGGCAUUACUUGUGAGGGUGAUGAAUGUUUUCCUGGACAUGUCAGAAGAAAAACCCAACAGAGCUGCAGCCAUUGGUCACAUUUUAGCCAAGAUGGAAGCCAAACUGGCCUCUAUCCAAACCACAAUUACGUUAGAAGAGCACAAGGAUAUUAACAUCCCAAAGGUUAUGAAGGCUUUGCUCUCUGCUUGUCAGAAAUUUGAGAAUGCGACAGAGAAACUGCUUGGUCUGGGACGCAGAAGGGACGCCAUGCCAAUGAUGCUGGAACAUGCUGCUGUACUGCAGAGGAUGGCAAAGGCUGCCAUGGAAACAGAAAUACAACACACCUAUUAUCUCCAGGCUCUUGCUGUUUUAAAAGACUUGGUGGCGAUAUCCGAAGAGGUAUUUUAUGAAGCUCAGUCCCUGUCUUCUGUAGCAGAGCUGCGCUCUAUUAGCCUGCCCAUUCAGCGAGAGCUGGCAUAUAACCAGCAAAGAUGUGGGGAAGUCAUGUUAGACAUCUACACCCUCCUUGUUGCAGAGGAGCGCACCAAAAUACUGGACGACCAGCGCAAAGGAUCAGUGCUCAGAAUGGUGGAGGAUCUUGUUAGAGCAACUCCUGACUACACUCAAAUGGAAAGGGAAUGGUCAGAGAUCGGAAAAGUGAUAGCGGAUGGUUGCCUUCUCCAGUUGAUCAACUCUCAUAAUUUGUCCAGACACACACCUCAUCUGAAAGCAUCGAGUCUGUGUUACAUAGGCCGGUGCUUGAGGCUACUCUCUCUACAGAAACACCCUGAUCCACCCUCACAGUGGCUCGUCAGGGACCUGGAGUUACUGAAGGUUGAAGAGGCCCUUGAAGAGGGUACUGAGACUGAAGGGGGUGCUGAGACUGAAGGGGGUGCUGAGGCUGAAGGGGAUCCUGAGGAUGGGAAGAACCAGAAGCCUAAAGAACCAGUGUGUCCAAGUCAUAUUACAGCUGUAGUAGACAAACACAAAGAGAGCAGAUUUUAUCUUCAGCAGGCCACAGAGUGCUUGUCACAGGGAUUAAAUCUGGCUCUAGCCAAAGGAUUCAAGGAUGUUGCAAGUAAAGCUGCUCUGGAGCUGGUCGAGUGUUUUGGUCAAUAUGACAUGGCCACUGCCUCACAAUACCUUGCUCUCUAUCAGAGUUGUGAAGCUGCCCAGUACCUGGAAAAUGUCCUGUACAAAUCACAGCCAGACCCCACGUCCUCCAGACUGGCAGCCUUGCUGCACCAGAGAGCAGGGCUGAUGGCCUCAGACAUCACCCGUAACACAGGAGAGAGCAAUGUGGCAAUGACGGUGGAGGCAACCUUAGAACAGGACUGGCAGGCUUGGAAACAGCUGACUGUCCUGCCAACCCAUGUAGACUUCCUAAGGGAAUUCCCCUCCAACUUUAACUUCUUUGUCUUAGUACAUUCACCAGAUAAGAAAAAGCUGUAUGGGGCUCUGAUGGACAAAGCUAUGCCUAGUGCCGGGGGAAAAGGAGACAAUAAGAAAACUGCAGCCUAUCCCGUGCGCGCAUCACCUCAGUGGAGACUAACCCCUGACUACCUAGAGGAUCUACUGGAAAGGUUCCGCACUUACAAACACAGCUGCCAGCAGUGGCUGCUCCAGCAGGAGUAUGUACGCUCUCAGCAGGCUCAGAGACAGAAGAUGCUGGAGAACCUGGAUGAUAGCAUGAAGCAAGACACCAGGACCCCUUCAGCAGCGUCUGUGGGAGAAGAGAAUGAUCUCCAUGAGGAGUUCCUACAGCUGGUGGGUGAGAUGGAAAGCUACUUACGACCUGUUCUCACCACCCUUGAUUCCUUUCUCAGACCCCAGACUGCGACCACAACCUCAAAUGAUACCCCUAAGGACACUCCCCCAAGUCAGGAGUGUCUAAUUGUAUUGGCUGACCCCGAUCUACUGGAGAUGCCCCUGGAAGCUUUACAGAUACUGCAGUCAGAUAGCAUCUCCUCCUUGUCCAGGGACUUUUCACUGCAGUUCUUCUACCACAGGCAUCAUGUAGAGGUCAUAGAUGAGGCAGCAGCAGGCACUGGGAAGAAGGCCAAAGGUGACAAGGGGAAGGACCUUCCUCCUCGUAUACCUGGUCUGAAAGAUGCCAACAAGAAACAAGCCAAAAUUAUUCCCCUGAACAGACAGAUCUCCCCUUGGUGUCAGCCUGUGGAUACCAUGAACUUCAGGUUCAUGGUGGACCCAUAUCUUGAUUGUGAUGAAACAGAAUCGCUUGGGCCUCUGGAGACAAUGAAGCACACCCUGGAGGAGUAUGAGCAGCUCUUUACACCUCGUUGGCUGGGCGUGAUGGGAGAUGACCAUGUACCCAGUGUUGGUGAAUGGGAGAUUUACCUGUCCGAAGGGUCGUCGUUUGUGUAUUAUGGUAUGGAAGGCUUCCUGACGAACAUUCCUCCGGGCAAAAUGUCCAGCCUAAAUAUCCCAGAAUGUAUGAUUACCUACAUCCUGGAUAUGGCUCAGACCAGCAAGAGUUUCCUUAGACAGUCCAAGAUAGAUGUCCUCAAAGAUGCCGACUUGCUGCACCUGGAGAAGCCAGUGGAGAAGGCAAUGCUGAUCAGUCUGGCUGGCGUCAAGUGUGUGAUGGCCAAUCAGUGGCAUUGUACACUUCAGGAGAAUUAUGCCAAGUUCAAGGUCAACAUGAAAGACAUGCUGACUGAAGGACUGCCAACUGGACAGGCCACUCGUCUCCUUUUCACUCCAUACCGGCGGAAGGUUGAGUUAGAAGAAGAAGGGGAAGAAACAGCGGCUGAGAAAGAGUCUGAUGCUGAGAAGGGCUCAGAGGGUGGCAGUGGUCAGAACUAUGAGUCUUGUGAAGAUGGAGAAGAACAAAUGUUACCAGAUCCCUCCUGGUAUAACAUGGUUUGUUAUGGUCUGCCCAAUCUGGUCAUCACACAGGUCUGAGCAUACACUACGUGUAUGUCAGCAGUCUGAAGAAACAUAGCCGUGGCAUGUGCCUGUACAUGAAUCCGUCUGAAGAAACACAGCCAUGGCAUGUGCCUGUACAUGAAUCAGUCUGAAGAAACACAGCCAUGGCAUGUGCCUGUACAUGAAUCAGUCUGAAGAAACACAGCCGUGGCAUGUGCCUAUACGUGAAUCAGUCUGAAGAAACACAAUCAUGGCAUGUCCCUGUACAUGAAUCAGUCUGAAGAAACACAGCCGUGGCAUGUGCGUGUACUUGAAUCAGUCUGAAGAAACACAGCCGUGGCAUGUGCGUGUACUUGAAUCAGAGCUGCUGUAAAUUUGUUAACCGUAUGAGACAUGGUAAAGUAAGCAUUCAAAACCACAAAUGUCUCUGUACAGAAGUACCAGUACAUGUACAUAAAAGGAAACCCUGUUUUGUGCUAAGAAUUUUACAAAAUACUAUUUUGCAUUGUGAUCUGAUCAAGUGCAUAUCAUCAUCCGUCCUUUGAUUUUAUAAGUGACAAGUCUUUGAUCUACAUUAUUCAUUGUUACAUUUUCUUGUUAAUAACUGGGUUAUUUGUUUUAUUUACAUCUCAGUUUUAUUAUUUUCAAUAAAAAAUUGUACACAUUUUAGGACUCCAACUGCCCUGGUUGAAUUAUUUAUGACCUCUCCAUCUAACAUGUUGACUGACUAAAUCAGACCUUAUUGACAGAGUAGUCGCCAGAAGGGAGGCAUAAUAUAGGAGGCAGUGAUCUCACCUGUGUAAUGUCCCAACAAGUGACUCAUCAAAUUUAAUCAUCUUUGAUUUGAAGCUUAAUUACAUUGGACUUUAAUGAUCACCAUUAGAAUUUAUCUGUUCAUUUGUUUGUCCAAUGCUUUGGU